UACAAAAGAAGAAAGGACACCAAUCCAAAUACAAUCCUAAUUGGUUUGUACAUGUAUCAGGUAUGGCUGCUGCACCGAUUAAUGAUGACAGCCUUUUUGAAUGUACAAUCUGUUUGGAAACUUUUGAUGAACCUAAGCUUCUGCCCUGUUUCCACACUUUUUGUAAGAAAUGUUUGACAGCUCACAUCAAAAGGAACAAAAGGAAAGGAAAUGUUUUUCCUUGUCCAAAUUGUCGGACACACGUUAAAGUUCCACCAAAAGAAGCAGACGGAUUUCAGACAAAUUUUUAUGUUAUUGCUGCGAGGUCAUCAGAGGAGCUUUUGAAAUCCCGCCUUUUGGAGAUAAGCACUGUUGUCAGUAACAGUGGCAAAGAUGGUGAAGAUGGCUGUUUAUUUGAACAACCUUGUCCAAAACACCGCAAACAGAAUCAGAUGUUACAGUUUUACUGUUCCAAGUGUGACAUUCCAAUUUGCCUACACUGUAAACUAACUUCACAUGAAGGACACGAUACGAGAGAUUUGGAAGAUAUAUUACACUGUACUAAAGACGAGUUAAAAGAGAAGAGUGAAACGAUUCAAUCAUUUAUUCUAAAAUACAAGGCAGCAAGGGAAUCGGCAGAAGGAAUAGAAAAGAAAAUGGACCAUAAAUUACAGGAAUUGAAAGCUUCGGUUAUUGGAAAUGCAGAACAUCUACAUGAUUUGGUGGAUAACAGGAAAAAGAUUUUAUUGGAUAUGAUUACAAAGAGUCAGAGAAAAGAGACCAAUAAAGUUAUUCAGUACCAGAAAACUUUAGAAAAAAACAACAAACAAAUGAAAGAUUUGGUUGAACAGAUCAACAAGGAACAAAAUAAGCAUGAUGUUCAGACCUUGCUGAAAUUAAAGACAACAGUCAGUGAAAAAAUGAAGACCAUUGAUUCAACUCCACCACAAUUUAACCCUGAUACUAAUGAAGUAACUUAUGAACGAGCAGCAAAUCAGAACGGAAAGGCACGGGAAAUGAUUUCCAAUUUUAUGGGAGAAAUUGUAUCUAAGGAUAUUUCUCAACAACAUGGUGUUUCUAAUGGUGUUAGUAACACAAUAGAUGUCUCAACAAGUGCUUUUCCUUUUUCGAAUAAUCAUAUGGCUCAGUUACCUCCCAUUCCCAUUCAUCCCAGAUUAGUAAGAACCAUUUGGAGUCGAGGCAUGAAUAAAUACAUAAUUAGAUGUAUUAGCACAGAGUCGCAAGGGCGAGUUUGGGUAAAUUUUGAUCCCAUCAAUCCCAAUCUGGAAUUGAUCAACAAGAACGGUGUUACGUUGAAGAAACUAGCCAUUGCUGGGAAGGAUGUGUCAGGAUUGGCACUAUUGCCGGCACCAAGUAACAAAAUGGUAAUUUCUUGCCCGAGUCAAAAGGUUUUGUUUAAUUUGGAGCACAUCUAUGACCCAACUGUUGAACAGUCUCAUCGAUUUCAGUUACCAGAUACUCCAGUAGCAGUUUAUCAGUAUGGUGGUCAAGUUUAUGUGCUGAUUUGGGGUAAAGGUUCAGCAAAAGGUGUAAUGAAUACCGAUAAGAAAACGUGGCUGUUUAGAAAUAACCAAGAAUUAAGAUUGAAGAAACCAAAUGAUUUUAUGGUUACCAAGGAAGGAGGUCUUCUGACAGUUGUUAUUUGUGAUCCUGUUAGUCAACAAGUUAUUAUCAUGCAGGAAAAUCGUGGUACUUUUUAUAUAAAACAUAUCUACAAAGGAGAAGGACUGGAUCAACCAAGGAAUUUUGUACCAAAGGGUUUGACUAUGUCCGUUAAUAAUGAAUUACAUGUCUCGGAUGAAGGCAACAGUUUUAUUCUACAGCUGAAUAUUAAUACUGGCAGGCUGAUCAGCCUAAUACACAUCAGUUCUAUUGGCAUCCGUAAACCAAGAGCUAUACAAUUUUCAAAAGAUGGAAUGUGGGUUGCUGAUUCAUUUGGGGGUUUCUAUUUGAUUCAUUUUCGGAUCUCUUCACUAGAAGAUCAAAGAAGGUUUGCUGCCCAACUUAAUUCAGAUGACAAUUACCCGAUAAUUUUAUAAUUGUCUCAAAUGGUCGACAUUUCCAUUAUUCCUAGGUUAUGAAAUUUCUUAAAUAAUUUGCCAUUUUCAUGCUGUUUAGCAUAAUUUUCACUAUUGUUUGCAGAUGUCAUAAUUCCUAAAUGAUUGAUGGCAUGAAAAUGUCCUUGUCACACAGUAUUGUCAGAGUCCCGGAUAAACAGUGAAUUAUUAAGAAAAUUAAUGCUGAUUCAUUUACAUUUUAUUAUUUGUUGCACUUCCAUCAUUCAAGAUGUCAUAUUAUUGUGCUGUUUUGUAAAGGCAUCAUGAUGAUUUAAGGCUAUAACUCAUUUUUAUAUUCUCAUUUUUAAUGCGGACAUUUAAUGUCAUCACAAUUCACAUUUUACUGGGCACAGGUUUCACAGUACCUUUAAUAAAAACGGUUUUAGAGCUAGCGAGAGCUACCUUGUUACUGGUGGGUGUAUCAUAGAGCUACCUUGUUACUGGUGGGUGUAUCAUAGGCCAAGCUCCCAAGCUUCCCCCCCCCCCCAAUAUAGAAUGUGUAAUAAUAAGAUCACAAUGAUUUAUAUCAAUAUUUGAUAAUAUGCUGUUCUUUAUCCGAAAUUGUCAUUUUUAAUUUAAUUCAUCACAGACAAUCACCUCAAACCACGAAACAGAAAAUAAUCUAGAGUGCCGAUAGUAGGACUUGAGCAAAUUCAAAUUCAGAACAGGAUUCCAUGCAACAAAGUUUAUAUAUUUUUAUAUGGUUUUGGAUACACCUGUUUACUGGACAGCUUUUGUUUGUCAGUGAAUUUUAUCAUUGUUCAAUGAGGGCUCAUUGAAUAUGCUAGGACAUGCAUGCGUAAUUACUGAUUGAUACCUUGUUGAGUCCUUGGUCCACCAAAAAUCAGUAGGAAGCAUUGUGCAAGUAAACCUGUUUGAGGAGCCUAGAGGUUAGAUGGCAUCAUACAAAUGUCCUACAAUUGAAUUUCUGAAAUUUCCAUUAAUUACGUUUACUAGAGUUAUGGCCCUUGUUUCACUUUGUUGGACCUUGUGAAAGCUUGAACAACAAAAGUUAUCAUACAGUCUGUAUGAAAUUUAUUUGCAUCAUUUAGAUUAUUGAAACAAAAAAACCUAUUGAAUUUCCGUUAAUUUCUUCUAAAGUUAUGACCCUUGUUUAAAGUGUUGAACCUUGUUAAUGCUCGAUUGACAAAGUUGUCAUCCAAUCUGUACGAAAUUUAUAUGUAUCAUUUAAAUUAGUGAAACGAAGAAGCCAAUUGAAUUUCAGCAAUUUCCUUUAAUUACUUCUGGCGCUUGUUUUACUUUGUUGGACCUUGUGCAUGCUUGAACAACAAAAGUUAUCAUUCGAUCUGUAUGAAAAUUAUAUGCAUCAUUUGAAUUAGUGAAACUAUUAAAAUGGUUCUGUUUGCCCGUCACACUUUUUGAGACACAAUGACUCUCCUUCUAAUUGAGGUAGAAUGUUUGAAUUUGGUAUCAUUUAAUCUUGUGUAUUUCUCAUUGAUUUCUUCAACAUUCAUUCAAUAUCUAAUUUGUACUUAUGUCCAGUUUAAAGCUGACCAUUCAAUAUAGAUAAUAAGCGUGCAAUUUACAACUGUUUAAUUUCUCGAUCACUGUUCAAAAAUAAACAACUCAAUUGACUAUUGCUGUAUAAUGAUUACUUUCUAAACAGUGAUCAGGAAAUAAAAUGCAAUAUUACCAAUGUGGUAGGACAGCAGGUUUUUUUUUUGAUAUAAAAUUGAUAUUUUACCUUUUGUAUUUUGGAUAUACACCUGAGAUUUAUUAUAGUAAUAUCAACAUUUAGAUAUACUUUGUGCAUCUUCAAUACCUGGUUCUUUCUAUCUUUUCAUCCUUUUCCGACCUGCCUUGCAAAAAAUAUAUACUGAGUGCCAUGGAAAACGCAUCACUUAGCUUUUCAUAUAACAAAAUGAUCCUGUAAACAUAUCUUAUUUAUUUUGCUUCUUAUUGUGAACAAUAUUCAAAUGGGAACACAUCAAUAACAAAACAUUUGUACACUUAUGGAUGUUUAAUCUGUAAUCAAGGGUACAAAAUCAGAGGGGUCAAAACCAAAAGUACGACACAGAUGUCAGUAGCGCAUGUGUCCUCCACGGGCCAUCAUCACGGUAGGCUACAGCAUUAACGCGACCCCUGCAAAUGUUUAGGGCGGUCCGGUGAUGAAAUGUGAAGCCUCCCCACACCCGGAUGUAGCGGUCUUGAGCCUGGGUUGUAACGUGUUGUGGACCAGGACGUUGACGGUCACGUGUUGAUCCAGUAACUCGAACACGUUCCACCAACCUUACAAUAGUGGACUGAUGACAAUUGAAGUGUCUGGCAAUAGCACGUGUAGACAUGCCAGUCCUGGACAUUCCCAUGGCUUCAUUCCGUUGAUUUUCAGUAAGUCUUGGCAUCUCUAGCUCAAUUCCUUCACACGUCCAAGAAAAAAUUACGACAGAUUGACGUUUCACAGUUCAUGUACUGCACAUUAAGUUGAAAACAUGCUUUUAAAGGGCUCACACACAAUGCUGCACGUGAAUAUUGGGUUUUUCAUGUGCAUCCCGUGCAAUUUUUUUUUUGCUCACAGGUCGAUAUUUUUUGCGUUUGGGAGCAUUGUGUGAAACAAUAGUUCAUAGUAUUGCAUAAUAUUAUACACACAAAACCACCUAGUAAUAAAAUAUUUGGGAAAAAAAAAGUGAUGCGUUUUCCAUGGCGCUCAGUAUAUGUAAAACAAGACAUUGAAUUGGUCUGUCUGGCCGAAGUGAAGUGCUCAUCACGGUAAAAACGUGAAAAAAUUCCAUGCUGUUGAUUUUGAAAUUACCAAAAUUGUAUUUUAUAUUUUUUAAUAAAUAUAGUUUAACAUGUUA